AUUUAGGCCGAGUGAAGAGCGACAAAAACACCUAAUCCCUAAACCAACAACCGGAGAAGGAGAACAAGAAGAAAUGGCGUCAAUGGCAGCAGCAGCAGCAACGAUGGGUUUAGGUUUGGGUAUGGGGGGUAUGACUGUAACUUCCCAUUUCUCACCUUCAUCUCGUCUUCUCUCUUUCCAACCUAAUAAUCUAAUCAACCCUCAACACAAACGCCGAACAACAUGUUCUAUUUCAAUCAACCACAAAACCAACACCCUCAUCAACAAUGAAAGCAACAACGUUCUUCUCUCUGGUUCCACUCGAACAGUUACAACCCUAUUCGCCACCGCGCUUUUAUGUGUCAAAGCAUUCGUCAACAUUCUUCCACCACCAGACCUAUGUGCAUCAAUUGCAACAUCAUCAGCGUCGCUUUGUUUCGCUGUCAUGAAAAAUACUAGGUCGGGGACGGUGAACACGCCGUUGACGGUUGUAGCGGCGGGGUUGAAGAAAUGGUUGGAUAUUUACAGUGGUGUGUUGUUGGUUAGGGUUUUGUUGAGUUGGUUUCCGAACAUUCCAUGGGAAAGACAACCAUUGUCUGCAAUUAGGGAUCUUUGUGAUCCUUAUCUAAGUUUGUUUAGGAAUAUUGUUCCACCUGUUUUUGAUACUCUUGAUAUUAGUCCUCUUCUUGCUUUUGCUGUUUUGGGUUCUCUUGCUGGUCUCCUCACUGUUUCUGUUUAGAUUCCAUCCCAUCCCAUCCCUACAGGUGUGGGCUACUGAAGAAUGUUUUCAUGAACGACAAAGAAUCUUCUUCCUACGUUUUGGCAGAAUUUAGAAAAGUGGGUUCUUGAGAAACAUAGGUUAAAGUUUGGUUUCUGUAUACAAUACAAUGUAAUUUUCAGAUUGGUAUAUUUUGGUAGUUAUGUAUGUGGUUAAGAAGGCAUUGGAUUUUUAUUUUCGAAUAAUAUAUGUUGUGUUUUGUUGUUGGGUUGGAUAGUUUAGCUGUAUUUUAAUUGAAAUUCAUUCA